UUCAAAUGUUACACUACAUUAACUAAGCAAAAACACUUCUUUUUUUUAUUUAUUUCCAACUAAUUAAUAAAAUCAUUCAUUAUACUCUGUACUGUAAAUUAACGCCUCACUUGAAAGCAACCCUGCUUCAUUGUUCUUCGAACGCCAUUCGUGAUUUGUUUAUACACACACUUUUUUUAUUGUAUUUUCUUUUUUAUUCGCUAAGCCGCUAACCAAUUACAUAUCCGCACAUAUCUAGAGUAAAUUUUGUUUUAAUUAAUGUAAUUAAAUUCCCACCGAUAAAAAAAGAAUCAGGAAUCACAGUAACGACAUAUUAAAUUUUACGUAAAAGCUGUUUACAUGGAUUUUGUGGGUAUGACGGAAGCCAAACAAUGCAAUCAAGAGCAGGAAUUAAUUAAUACCGUGGAGUUAUAUGAUGAUACGUCUUCAGAAUUAUACUAUACAGAAGAAUCUGAAGAUGACGAUCCAACUGGUUUUGGUUUGUACGGUACAAUAACAACUGCACAGUUUAGAGAAGCGCUGGAAGAGUCAAUAACCUCUCGGAACGAUCCUCCAAAGACGAGCAAUGUUGAAACACUUUUACAUUUACACUACGGCGACCUUAUAGUAUAUCUGGAAUCAACGGAAACAAUUGAAACAUCCGGGUUUCCUUAUAUUAUAAUGUUUCAUAGCUUUGAAAAAUAUGCUACCGACUUACUUUGCUACAUUGAUAUGCUUUUUCAAUCUGCUCAACAAUAUGAUGGUGAUAUAUGUUUUGCCAUAACAGACUUUAAAAAUUACGAAUCCGUGCUCAAUUACCGACCCGGAACUGAUACUUUUUGGAAGCGUUAUGAAAGGCAUGGCUUUAGCAAAACCCAACGUCCAGGUAUUUUCGCGAUAGACACAGACAAUCGCAUUUAUCAAUUCGUAGGUCCUUUGAACGCAGAUGAGCUAAGAAAAUUUAGCCGCCAACUAGUAAAUGAUGAACUAUUUAAAACUGAACCAAUACCAGAAGAUGACGAAGAAGAUUUUGUACGUGUUGGCGUCGCUGCGAAUUUUGAGCAGCUAGUACUGAAAAGUGAUAUAGACAUAUUUCUAGUAUUAUAUAGUAAUUCAUGCCCUUGUUCUCGCGAAAUAUUGCCCAUUCUAAAUGAAGUAGGAAGACUGCUACAAGAUGAAGACAUCUUAGUGUUAAAAAUAAAUGCUGAAAAGAACUAUUUACCACUAAAAUAUUAUGCCUGGUAUUAUCCCACAUUAAUGUUUAUAAAACGAACCAACAAGAACAAUUUAAUCGAAUAUAAUGGUUCAAGUAGGACCGUCAAUGACAUUAUAAAAUUUAUUGCUAAAAAUGCCACAGAUGAUCUACUUGAAUUCAACAGAAAGGGUAGGCCGAGAUUCGAUUAAUGUUAAAUAAAGUUUCGUGAUAU